AUGUCUUCCUUUUUAUCCUCGGAAACGUUCUCGAAUCCCAGAUUUCAACUAUUUGCAACAGCUGUUUUCUCAGGAGCUACUGUUGCAUCUUUGCUCUUAGGCUAUCAAGCGCUGGAACGAGAAGAGAGAGUGUCAGAGCUUAAGAACUCAAUCCCUGCAGUUGAUCCUAAUGUUCAACCUUUAAACAACUUUGGCGGUUCAUCAGCACCACCUGUUGAUAAGGAGGAUGCAAGGAACCAAGCUUUGGCUCAACGAGCUCAGGCCGGAGAUUUCGAUGAAGAGCUCAUUCUAGAGCAAUUGGCACGAAAUCGUGUCUUCCUAACAGACGAGGGCCUCGACAAGCUUCGAAACUCAUUUGUUAUCGUGGUUGGUUGCGGAGGCGUUGGCUCUCACACGACAGCAGCUCUCGCCCGUAGCGGUGUAUCAAAGAUCCGAUUGAUCGAUUUUGAUCAAGUGACUCUGAGCUCACUAAACCGCCAUGCGGUCGCUACUUUGGCUGAUGUCGGAAUUCCCAAGGUCCAGUGCUUAGAAAAGCGUUUAAUGGCCAUCGCACCCUGGGUCAAGUUCGACCUACGACAAGAGCAGUUCAACGAGGGCGCUGCGGAGCGAUUACUUCGGCCCUGGGGUGAUGAAGAACGCGCCCCUGAUUUUGUUAUCGACGCUAUCGACAACAUCGAGACCAAGGUCUCACUGCUCGAAUACUGCCACAAGAACAACUUGCCGGUAAUAAGUGCUAUGGGAGCCGGAUGUAAGAGCGAUCCUACCCGAAUCACUGUCGGAGAUAUUGGAGCCAGUAAAGAUGAUGGCCUUUCAAGAGCAACACGGAGGAAGCUCAAGUUGAAGGGUAUCACGAGCGGUAUCCCAGUUGUGUACUCUACAGAAACAUCAGGUGCCGGGAAAGCUGAGCUCCUACCCCUGCCUGAAGAAGAAUUUCAGAAAGGCUCGGUUGGCGACCUUGCAGCUAUGCCCAACUUCCGGGUUCGCAUUCUCCCUGUACUUGGAACAAUGCCUGCUAUCUUUGGUCUUACGGUCGCCAACCAUGUCAUUCUAAGCAUCACGGGCUAUCCGCUGGAUUACGUUCCCGCCAAGGGUCGCGAGAAGAUGUACGAAGGUAUGCUAGCGACGAUACAAAGCUACGAAGAGAAGUUGGCACGUUUGACUUUCCAGGGCGACACCGUGGGUCUCAAGGUGCCUAUCAACAUUGGUGAUGUGGCUUUCUUAUCAGAGGAGCUGUACCGUGGCCGAAGCGCUAUUAGUGGUAUCCCAACGAAACUGGUUCUAAUCCGCUGGGAGAAGCCCAGCACUCCCAGCAUGACGACACUGGGCGAAGGCAAAGAUAUCCAGAAGUGCUCAACGGUGAAGUUCAACGAUGUGGUAUUGAUGACAAAGGAGGAGGCGACACGGCAUGAAAAGGAGAUUUUCAAGGGCGGAAAGUCCAUUGAGGAAGUGUACGAUGCUGAGACGAUUGCGCUUGUUGAGGAGAAGAGGAAGACAGCUGAAAAGUAUGAGGCCUUCAGAGGGUGA